GUAGAUAAAUGGCAAAUGUUUUAAAAAUGUCAAGUAGCUCAGAGACUUCUGUACGUAAAAUGGGUUGUACAGAUAUUUUAGUGAGCGAUAGCAGGCAGUAUACAGUACUUGUUUUUGCUUUCGAUAUGUCUGUCGGCCCACUGAACUUCAGAAUUGAUAAAAAAUAAUGUUUUCAAAGUUAAUACCACGAUGCUUUGGACGAAGAUGGGAUUUAAAAGAAAACGUCAGGAAUAUACCCCAUACGAUAGGACGGAGAGGUGGUAUGAUUUUGUCUGGGUGUUGCAGAGAAAGGUUUAGUGUAGUUCGAUGCUUCGCUGCUGGCUGCUCACUUUGCACCACGAGUCGGGGAUCCAGUAGAAAAAAAGAACUUUCAGAGAAGAAAUUGACUCGCUACUUUGUUGAUCACCGCAGAGUAAGGUUGGUGGCUGGCUCCGGAGGCAAAGGGGCCUGCUCCUUCCUCAGCGAACCCAGGAAAGAGUGGGGAGGCCCAGAUGGGGGAAACGGGGGUGACGGGGGAAAUGUGGUCAUUAAAGUUAAUCAGCAGGUGAAGUCAUUGUCAGCAAUUGCCCCGGUUUACCGAGGGCACAACGGACAGGCAGGGGGAAGCAAGAACUGCUUUGGCCGCAACGCGAGCACGACCUACAUCCAUGUGCCUGUCGGUACCAUGGUAAAGGAGAACGGAAAUACCAUGGCAGACCUUUCCCGCGAAGGCCAGGAGUACGUUGCCGUGUACGGUGGAGCCGGGGGCAAGGGGAACCGCUUCUUCUUGUCGAACGAGAACCGGGCGCCGGUCACCACCACGCCGGGAGAGAAGGGCCAGGAGCGGCUGCUGCAGCUGGAACUGCUCACUAUGGCACAUGCGGGACUGGUUGGCUUCCCCAAUGCUGGGAAAUCGUCCCUGCUGAGAGCCAUCUCUAACGCCAAGCCGGCUGUGGCUGCCUACCCCUUCACCACACUCAAGCCACACGUAGGCAUCGUGCAGUACCAGGACUAUGAGCAGGUGGCAGUGGCUGAUAUCCCAGGGAUCAUCCGAGGUGCUCACCUGAACCGCGGCCUGGGCGUGUCCUUCUUGCGGCACAUAGAGCGAUGCCGAUUCCUGCUCUUCGUCCUGGACCUGUCCGCGGCUGACCCUGGGGCCCAGCUGCAAGACCUACGCUUCGAGCUGGACCAGUACGAGCCUGGGCUGUCCCGACGCCCUCAGGCCAUCGUGGCCAAUAAGAUAGACCUUCCUGAGGCCCGGGAUAGCCUAGCUGAACUCAGGAGGCACGAGAAGCAGAGGAUCAUCCCUGUUUCGGCACUUAGGGGUGACAAUCUGGAGGAGCUGCUCCUUCACCUUCGGGAGCUGUAUGACGGGUACCUGGAGGCGGAGGAAAACUCGGGGACGAAGCCGAUGAGGUGGUAGCUUGAAGAAUCCCAGCAAACCUGUAAAUAGACCCCCAUCCUGAAGGCUCAUUAUUCUUUUAUUUUUAACCCUCUGUGUGUUUAAAUUAUUCCAUAAAGUGUUCUGUUCUA